UCCAGGGCCUGAACUCUGGAGACUUCCUUUAUUGCGGGGUUUGAUGGCGGAGAGCGGUAGAUAGCGGGGGAGAAGAGUUGUGUUUCGCCCACUUUGGCCAUACUGAACCCGUAGCUUAAGCCUCUUUAGAGACGGUGCUUUUUAAAGGUGUUGAUUGACCUGUGCCUCAAGUCGAGAGAAGAUUUUGGAGCGAUUUCUUUCCUGUUGUGGACGGACCCGGACCCAGUUCUGCAAAUUUUUUUUUUCCCCUCUUGUUGAGGCCGUAGCUGGUCCUUGUGAAGAACCACCAGUCGAUGGCUCUGAUGGAUAAACACAAAGUCAAGCGGCAGAGACUGGACCGCAUCUGCGAAGGCAUUCGCCCACCUAUCUUAAACGGGCCCAUGCACCCUCGUCCUCUGGUGGCGCUCCUGGACGGCCGGGACUGCACAGUGGAGAUGCCCAUCCUGAAGGACGUGGCCACUGUGGCCUUCUGUGACGCUCAGUCCACUCAGGAGAUCCACGAAAAGGUUCUUAACGAGGCUGUAGCUGCAUUACUGUAUCACACGAUCUCACUAUCACGAGACGACCUCGACAAGUUCAAAGGGCUUCGUGUGAUCGUGAGGAUCGGCAGCGGGUUCGAUAACGUGGACGUUAAAGCCGCUGCAGAACUCGGUAUCGCAGUGUGUAAUGUGCCAGCUGCGUCUGUGGAGGAGACAGCAGACACUUCCAUGUGCUUGAUCCUGAACCUGUACCGCCGGGUCACCUGGAUGCACCAGGCCUUGCGCGAGGGCACUCGAGCCUCCAGCGUCGAGCAAAUCAGAGAGGUGGCAGGAGGAGCUGCUCGCAUCCGAGGAGAGACGCUGGGCAUCAUUGGCCUCGGACGUGUUGGCCAAGCAGUGGCUUUGAGGGCAAAGGCUUUUGGUUUUGGGGUGAUUUUCUACGACCCGUAUCUGCCCGAGGGGGUAGAAAAAUCCCUGGGGCUCCAGCGCAUGGCCACGCUGCAGGAUCUGCUCAUCCACUCAGACUGUGUGUCCCUUCACUGCAGCCUGAACGAACACAACCACCACCUCAUCAACGACUUCACUAUCAAACAGAUGCGUCAGGGUGCGUUCCUGGUGAACACUGCACGAGGGGGCCUGGUGGAUGAGAAAGCUCUGGCUCAAGCACUGAAAGAGGGCAGAAUACGCGGCGCAGCUCUCGACGUCCACGAGACCGAGCCCUUUAGCUUCUCUCAGGGGCCUCUAAAGGAUGCCCCUAAUCUGAUCUGCACCCCCCACACAUCCUGGUACAGUGAGCAGGCUUCCAUUGAGGCGAGGGAGGAGGCAGCGCGGGAAGUACGCAGAGCCAUCACAGGUCGUAUUCCUGACAGUCUGAAAAACUGUGUGAAUAAGGAGUAUCUGAUGGCAGCUUCCCAGUGGCCUACUAUGGAGACUGCCUCUGUGCACUCUGAACUCAACGGAGCAGGAUACAGGUUUCCGGCAGGUCUGAUUGGUGUAACCCCGGGAGCUCUGCCUGGUGCAGGGGCAGGAGUAGAGGGCAUGGUGGCAGGCACACUGCCCCUAGCCCAUCCCCUCGCCCCGGUCUCACACCCACCACACACCCCCUCACCCGGGCAGCCAACCAAGGCAGAGGCUGACAGAGACGUCCCUUCUGACCAAUAGCAUCCCAACACAUUCCAUCGUUGCCCCAGCGAUGCCCUUUCCCCCCCGUCCCUUUUUUUAGGCCAUCCAUGCUGAUGCCCUGCUUUUGACGUAACACCCGGGUCAAUCCAGUCAAACAGAACACACAAGUCCAGACGUGACCCACUCAAAAACAUUUCCCUCCCCCUCAACAUCUCCUUCCCUUUCUUUGUUGUCGUAUCCGUUUAUGUUUUCACCUGUGCAGCAAGCAAUAACUCUCUUUCUCAAGGAUUCAGUAAUUGGGUUGUUUUUGGUAGAAUUAGUAAACCCCUUUUUAUUUUUUAUGCCUUUUUGAAUCUGGACUAGUUGGAGUUUGUUUCUGAGUAGCGUGUCUUCUACCUGCCUUCUGUCUCUCCAGCCGAUUUAACAGUAUAGUAAGGAACACGUGAAUUUUUCUUUCUUUUUUUUUCUUCUUCAACCUUGCAAGCAUAAAUUAGUGAUUUUUUUUUUUUUUUUUUUUAAACCAUAUGUUUGACCCUUGAAGCAAAGUGGAAAAGCUGGUUAAAGUCAUUGAAUUUCUUUUUGACCGCAGUUCCAACAGACAGCCACCAAUAGCCACACCUUUCACAACCGGAAUAGAGUGAUGAGAGAAACAAUGUGUCAUCUGUCUUUGCCUGACAGUAACUCAGUGGCGAUCUUGGACACUUUGGGUUCCACUUUUCUCUUCAUAUUGAGGACAUCGUGUCCAUCCUGUCCUUCUGAAGUAGGACGAACUCUCAUUUCCUGUAAAGCUUGUUGGGUAUCUGUUCAGUCAUAUGCUUCUCUGUAUCAGUAAUGUAUGGAUCAAUGAUGCAUCGGUCUCUGUAAGAGCAUCAUAAAUAUGGCGUUUGUGUACAGCUUUUUAUCGACGUCCGAUCACCUUUCCACUUCCGCAGAGUGAAAUCUCUUCGACUUUACCGGUGUAGAUGUAUGAAAUCUCUAUUUUGUGUGUGUGCAUCUCUGAACUUCACAAUGAUUUAUGAUUCUCUUAUAAAGACCAUGUGAUUGGGAAUAUUCAGAAAGCCGUGUUACACUUAAUCUGUCCUUUCUUUCACUGUUAAUUUUAUUAAAACUGAGGGGGAAAAUUGGAAGAACGUUUUCAAGUGUCUUAAAAAGGCCGGUUGUUCCACUUACAGGUUUUUACAUUAUUUCAUUUUCCAGGUAGGAUUUUGUUAAUGUGUUUUUUUUUUAAUUUUUAUUUUUUAUUUUUAUUAGUAGUAAGUAGUAUUAUUUUGGGACUCGUGCUCUCUUCUAAAGCAUACACAGAUCGUCCACCUUGAUAUGCCCAGCUCCUUUGUUUUUCUUAUCUUUCCAUACUUCCUGGAUGUGCCUCCCUGGGUGGAUCAGCUUUUUCACAAUGACCUUUGUUCGUGAUUCCUUUUAUCUCUGAUGGUCCUUCCUUCUGCUCCUGCUCUUCCCAGAACAUCACUGUGUAAGGAGUCAGGCUGCUCUCACCCUGCCAGGUGCUUGAGUGAAGAUGAUAUAUAUAUAUAUAUAUAUACACACACACGCAUGCUUCUAAAGCUGUUGUCUUGAAUAGCUUCUCUUCAGCUAGGGGUUUGCAGACAUGCAGAGAUCUUGGGUGUUAUUUCCCCCCCCCCCCCCCCCCCCCCCAUUCAUCUUUUGCCUACAGACCUCUGUAGUAACAUGAUAUGGCCAUUAGAGGUCAAUGACGGUGUACAUCGGAGUCCAAUCCUGUCUCAGCAUUUCAUUUUCCCAGCUGCAUUUCAGUCAUGCAGCUGUCGUUGCUCAGAAACGAUCAAUGCUUUUUGUCUAAUAUGGAAGGCCGUCAGAACCAGACUUCUUCACUUCAUCCAUCAGCAGACCGUAUGGCUGACUUCCAAAGAUUCAGGACGGAGCCGUGGCAGGAGUGCAAUCUGUCCCUUUAUCAGUCAGAAGUGCAAAACUCAAGACGUCAGUGUUAACCGUUUUUCUUUAUUUGCCUUCUCUUUCUUCCUGACUCUGUACUCAACAUAAGGAGCACAGUGGGGUUUGGAUGGAGCUAGUUCACUGACAAACCAGUCAUUUUCCAAAGGGGGUUGUCCGAUCAUCCCCUGAAACGAGUAUCUUGUAUGAAAAGUGUUCCGUGUCAAGGGAAACCAUUUCUAGUACCUCAGUAACAGAUAUUGAAUGUAUGAUCUACUUGUUCUUUGUUUUGUACAGCUUCUUUUUAGACGCGUUUUUCGAGGUUAUCCGGCACGUCUAACAAGGAUAUUCCCCUCCAUUUGCUUUAGCAUAGGCUAGCAUCUGGUAGUUUGAGUUAGUUGGUUUGAAUUGCAGGCUUUUAUGUUCGAGCUUUCCCUUUGUUUGUCUCCGAUUCAUUAUGAAUGAGCACAAAUCUGCAUCGCCGUUCAGUUACUGUAGGGAGUGUAUAUGUAUCGAUGAGGGAGUUGUAAGAUGGAUUUGGGGUCUGGUUGCGAAUAAACUAGGUGAUAGCACAUUUAGAAAUAAACUCUUAGAAUGGUUUAAGAGCGUAUCAUAGAUGUUGGUUAUGGCGAAGAUCCCCCCCCCCCCCCCAUUCUGAAUUUUUUUAUUUUUGGAAAAAUCCAACAAAGAUUGGAACUAAACUAGUGUUUGUGCAUGAAAUGUCUGUUACCGUGCAAUUUAAUCCUGCUUUUUAAUUGUGCAUUUCUAUCUAGUUAGCCCUUGAUUGACUGACUGACUGUUCUCAUGGAAUAGACCGUCACUCAUGAGCUUGAACCAAGAUGUCAUGCUAGUUUUGGUAAUUUGGUGUCGUCUCCUCUUCUGUCCCCUUUUCUGUCUUUACAAAAAGUUCGAGCUGUACUUUUCAACCUUUUUUUUUUCCCCUUUUGAUGUGCUUCAUAUUUUUGGACGUUUAUAAUUUUCUUCAGUCUUGAACAUCACAGCAGUGUGUUUUUAUAUUCUUCAGUGUUCAUGUUGUAUGGAAACAUUUCAAAAAGGACUUCUCUUCCCGGCGUUCACUUUUAAAGGUCCUUUCCAGCAGCUUGUCUGAAGGGUCGUAGGUUCCAGGGUUUCUUUCACUCGACUAUAGUAGCCUUAAAUUCAUACACACUGAUGGGCUUGGUCACCCAUCCCCAACCUGUGUUCGAUAUGAAGAGAGAUGUUACUUUUUAGCCAUCCUGUGUGCUGGAAGCGUUAUUUUACAGAGAACCCGACUGGUUUAUGAAUUCAAGGUGUGAAAUCGGCUCUGCUCUCAUCAAAGCUCCUCUCUCAAACCUGGAGUUAUCCCAAAAGCCAGUCCAGGAAUAGAUGCAUUGGGUCUGGAGCAAUCAUGUUCUCUCUCUCAGGGUUCAAAAUGCACACAUACACACCCUUCAGGAGUCUGUAGGUUACCAAUCUCUGAAACUCCAGCAUGAAGAUCAUUCAGAACGUACUCCUUACAGUCCCUUCAAGCUAAAAUGUGUCCCAUUUUUUUUCUUUUUCGUUUUGUUUCGUUUCUUUUUUUUUUUUUUAAUUUUCCUCGCACUGAUAUCCAUCAAUGAAAGAAUGAAUGUUUUAAUUGAGCUGUGUGUAACCUUGAACUUGGGAAAUGUAUUUUUACAACAUGUGAACUUUUUAUUCCUUUCUUUCACCACCGUUCUUUUCUUUGUAAAUUGACCCCCCACACACCUUCCCAUCACCAGACUGCAAAAACUACAAAAAAAAACUCUUGUAACUAGGCUCUUAAGCUUUACUUUUGCUUUUGUUUUCUUUUUUUAUAUUAGAAAACAAUCAUGUUUGUGAUGGUAACCUCUGAUGGUAAAUUCCACAAGGUAUUUUAAUAAAAUCCUGAAGAUUAA